AUGGGGUCAGGAUCUGUUAAAACGUGGGAUGCCAUGGUAGACUUAUUUUUGGAGAAAUACUUCCCACCCAGCGAAGUUUUAAAGAGGCAAGCAGAGAUAAUUCAGUUCCAGAUGAAACCUCAUGAGACAAUCCGAGAAGCAUGGGCUAGAUUCAAGACACUGCUGAAAAGAUGCCCCAAGCAUGGUCUAAGUCCGGGACACCAAGUCAUAACUUUUUACAGGGGGUGUACUCCAGAUGCAAUGCGUGAACUGAAUUGGAGUGCAGGAGGAGCACUCCUUCAAUUAGGAGAGAAUGAUGUCAUGCAAGUGAUUGAGAGAGUAGCUUCCACUGAUGAAGGAUGGAAUAAUGAAAGAAAUAAGUCAUACAGGGUGGCCUCUGCUACAGAAGAUGAUAGGAUAGACAGAAUGUCAAAGCAGCUAGAUCUUUUGACCACUCAACUGGGGAUCAAGGAGAUGAGACAACCUGGACUAGAACUGCAAGGAGGAGUUGAAUGUGUCAACUAUGUGCACCAAGGAGAGAAUAACAUGAACUUCAACAACUAUCACCCAACCAAGGUGGUGGUAACUAUAACAACUAUGCAGAAAAAGCCUACUACUGAAGAUAUCUUGGCAGCAUUCAUGAAUCAAACUACCAAGUACAUGGAGAAAACUGACAAGUACAUGGAGAGCACUAGUCAAAGGUUGGGGAAGGUUGAAAACGAUGUGCAAAGCUUGAAUGUGCAUAUGAAGAGCAUUGAUACUCAUAUUAGUCAAAUUUCUCAAGCUGUAGGUGUCCAACAUCAGCCAGAGCAAUUUCCAGCACAGACCAUAAACAAUCCCAAAGACAACAAGGCCAUACACUUGAGAGGUGGUAAAAGCUAUGAAGGACCUUCCAUGCUUGUAGAGGAAAAGAAGAGUACUCUAGAGGUAGAUGUCAAAGCAGAUGAGAAUUCCAAGGGAAAGAAUAAGGUGGACAUUCAGACCAAGAAAGACGCAAUACUAGAAAAGUUUCCCCCUCCCUCCAUUCCUACGACAGUUAGAGUGCCCUUCCCAUUUGCGGUGAAAAAGAAGAAGAAGUUGGAUGAGCAAUUCUCCAAAUUUCUCGUUAUUUUUAGGAAGUUCCUAAAAGAUGUGCUCUCCAAGAAGAAGAAGUGGAUUGAUUAUGAGACGGUGAACAUAUCUGAAAACUGUAGUGCGAUAAUUCAAAAGAAGCUACCUGCCAAGCUUAAAGAUCCUGGGAGUUUCAAUAUCUCAUGCGUCAUUGGAAAUGACAGACAGACAAAGGCACUGUGUGAUCUGGGGGCGAGCAUAAAUUUGAUGCCAUUAUCAUUUUUCAGAAAGAUGAAGAUCGACACUCUCAAGCCGACUACAAUCACACUGCAGAUGGCAGAUAGAUCAGUCACCUAUCCUAAAGGAAUUGUUGAGGAUGUUCUGGUGAAGGUACACGACUUCAUAUUUCCCGUCGAUUUUGUAGUGUUGGAUAUGGAGGAAGACAUGAAUGUGCCGCUUAUCCUAGGGCGUCCAUUCCUAGCAACGGGAAAAGCAUUGAUAGAUAUAGCAAAGGGAGAGCUCACUCUUCGUAUGGGCAACAAACGACACAUUUUGUCUAUCUAUAAUGCUAUGAAGAGUCGUGAAGAUGAGGAACUUGUUAUGAAGAUGGAGUGCAAAGCUGUGCAUGUUGUAGAGGUCCAAAAGACACAAGAAAUUGAGUCCACAUUGGGGGAUUUUUCAUUGCCGCGGUGGAUGUUUGGUUCAUGUGGUGGAUCACUUUCUAAAGAAGAGACUGCACCAAAUUCUAAAGUGAAAGAGAAGAAAACAAAAGCUGCAAAUUAA